CACACUGUCUCAAAAAAAAAAAAAAAAAAAGAAAGAAAGAAAGAAGUCAGUCACAAAAGAUCACAUAUAUGAUUUCAUGUAUACGAAGUGUGCAGGCUAGGCAAGUCUAUGGAGACAGAAAGCAGAUUAGUGUUUGCCAGGGGAUGGGGGGAGGGAGGAAAAUGUCUGGCAUUGGGUAGUGGUGAUGGUCGUACAGCUUUGUGAAUACACUAAAAACCUUCGGAUGGUGCACUUUCAAAUGGCAGAUUGUAUGGCAUGUGGAUUAUAUCAAUUUUUAAAAAUCCUCAGGUUCCCAGGUGCCUUGUAUGAGGACCACAAAACCUUCACUCGGGGCAGUUCAGCCCUCCGUGGCCCCCUCCCCAGCUUUGCCUUCUGGGCCUAGACACGGAGUAAGAGAGUCCCCUGGGUCACAGGUGUUUUUAGGUCAGUUUUCAGGCUCCAGAAGGAGCGUGCUGAGUGAGGGGAAACUCCUAGGGGUGGUGAGGGGGACGUGAGACAAUGGAGAAGGCUUCCGGCAGGAAGUGGGGCCCCAGCGGGGCGGAAGGCCGAGGAGGCCUGGGCUGCCAGGAGGGGCAGGUGGUUCCCAUCCAAGUGGGGGGGUGGGGUCCCCCAGGGUUGAGCUCAGGAGACCCUGGGAGCUGCCUCUGAAAGAGCUCAGCUUCCUCUAACCGCAGGGAGAGGGAUGCUGGCACGAUCACCACAGUUACCGUGAGAAGAGAGGCCACGUACAUGGUGGGGGCCAAGGGUCCAAGACAGCUCUGCCUCUGCAGUCAUUGCCCCCAGCCCCACCCCGUGCCUCUGUUUGUCCAGGAGGGCGUUACAUGGGACGAGCUCUGAGGGCCCUUUCUGCCCAACCAGCAACGUGGUUUGAUGGUAUGAUUUGGGGUUGGUUAGCUCUGUGAUGACAUACAGGGUGGCAUCAUGUGUGGGAGUUGGUAUCUGUUCCAAAAUACACCCAGGAGAAGCCUCUGCCCUGGCUAUGGCCUGAGCCUUGCCCCUGCACCUGGCGCCGGACCUCUGACCCUACCUGAGCCAGGCACACCCAGGCCCAGGCUCGGGCCCCAAGACCACAGGCCUAAGGCGGGCUGAGGGACUGCACGGCUCGUCCCUACCGCUGGGGCCACUGCUCGCAGGCCAGCGCAGAUGCCAGACAAGGAAACCAAGGCCACGAUGGGCACAGAAGACACACCUGGAGGCAAAGCCAGCCCAGACUCUCAGGACUCUCGGCCAAGUGUGUUCCACAACAUCAAGCUCUUCCUCCUGUGCCACAGCCUGCUGCAGCUGGCGCAGCUCAUGAUCUCCGGCUACCUCAAGAGCUCCAUCUCCACGGUGGAGAAGCGCUUUGGCCUCUCCAGCCAGACCUCGGGGCUGCUGGCCGCCUUCAACGAGGUGGGAAACACAGCUUUGAUUGUGUUUGUGAGCUACUUUGGCAGCCGGGUCCACCGGCCCCGAAUGAUCGGUUGUGGGGCUGUCCUUGUGGCCCUGGCGGGCCUGCUCAUGACUGUCCCACACUUCAUCUCGGAGCCGUACCGCUACGACCACACCAGCCCUGAGGAUAUGCCACAGGACUCCAAGGCUUCCCUGUGCCUGCCCCCGACCUCAGCCCCAGCCCCAGCCCUCUCCAACGGCAGCUGCUCGAGCUACACGGAGGCCCGGCACCUGACUGUGGUGGGGAUACUGUUCUUGGCGCAGACCCUGCUCGGCGUGGGUACUGUGCCCAUCCAGCCCUUCGGCAUCUCCUACAUCGACGACUUUGCCCACAGCAGCAACUCGCCCCUCUACCUUGGCAUCCUGUUUGCACUGACCAUGAUGGGGCCAGGCAUGGCCUACGGGCUGGGCAGCCUCAUGUUACGCCUUUAUGUGGACAUUGAUCGGAUGCCAGAAGGUGGUAUCAGCCUGACCACAAAGGACCCCCGAUGGGUGGGUGCCUGGUGGCUGGGCUUCCUCAUCGCCGCUGGCUUGGUGGCCCUGGCUGCCAUCCCCUACUUCUUCUUCCCCAGGGAGAUGCCCAAGGAGAAGCAUGAGCUUCACUUCCGGCGAAAGGUCUCGGCCCUUUCAUCCUCAGCUGUCAGCAAGGGUAGGGACCCCCCGUCUGAGCAAAGCCCUGGGGGGUCCCCAGAGAAGCAAGAUGGCCUAGCACAGGUGGCACCUGACCUGACUGUGAUCCAGUUCAUCAAAGUCUUCCCCAGGGUGCUGCUCCGGACCCUGCGCCACCCCAUCUUCCUGCUGGUGGUCCUGGCCCAGGUGUGCAUGUUUUCCACGGUGGCGGGCUUCGCCAUCUUCCUGCCGAAGUUCCUGGAGCGCCAGUUCUCUGUCACGGCCUCCUACGCAAACCAGCUCAUCGGCAGCGUCUCCUUCCCGAUGGCCAUCCUGGGCAUGGUGUUGGGCGGCACCCUGGUCAAGUGCCUCCACCUGGGGCCCAUGCGCUGCAGCAUCCUCUGCCUGCUGGGGUCCCUGUUCUGCCUCCUCCUUAGCCUGCCCCUCUUCUUCAUGGGCUGCUCCACCCACCAGAUUGCAGGCAUCCUCCACCAGCCUGGCACCCAGCCUGGGCCAGGGCUGUUUCCAGGCUGCAUGGAGCCCUGCUCCUGCCCAUCGGACGACUUCAACCCUGUCUGCGACCCCAGCACUCACGUGGAAUACAUCACGCCCUGCCACGCAGGCUGUGCCAGCCGGGUGGUCCAGGAGACUCUGGACAAAAGCCAGGUUUUCUACACCAACUGCAGCUGCGUGGUAGGGGGUGGCCCUGUGCCAGCAGGCUCCUGCAACUCAGCCUGCAGCCACCUGGUGCUGCCCUUCAUGCUCCUGGUCAGUCUGGGUGCGACAGUGUCCUGUGUCACACAUACACCCACUUUCAUGCUCAUCCUAAGGGGAGUGAAGAAAGAAGACAAGACUCUGGCCAUGGGGAUCCAGUUCAUGCUCCUGAGAAUUUUGGCCUGGAUGCCCAGCCCCGUGAUCCACGGCAGCGCCAUCGACACCACCUGUGUGCACUGGGCCCAGCGCUGCGGGCGUCGAGCCGUCUGCCGCUACUAUGACCACGACCUGUUCCGAAACCGGUUCAUCGGCCUCCAGUUCUUCUUCAGAACAGGCACCCUGGUCUGCUUCGCCUUAGUUUUGGCGAUCCUGCGGCAGCAGGAUAAAGAGGCAGGGACCAAGGCAACCGUGUGCAGCUCUGGCCCAGAGCAGCAACUGUUGGUGUCAGGGCCAGAGAAGAAGCCAGAAGAUUCCAGAGUGUGAGCUGUCCCAGGGCCCCACCUGGCCAAGAGCAGCAGCUACAGUGGCACCUCCUCUGCGCUCUUUGGCCAAGAUUCCAAAGAAGUCCUGUGUUCCAAUUCUGGCUCCUCCACUAAAUUGCUGUGUGACUUCAGUUAAGCCACUGGCCCUCUCUGGGCCUUUGUUUGCUCAUCUGAACCAGAAAGCAAUUUGGUGGUUUGCCGUGUUGGCCAUUUCUGAAGCAAGAGGGUCUUCCCUGGGCCUUCCUCCCCCAGCCAGCCAGCUGCCCUGGAACCAGGCUCUCCUGGGUGGAAGGACUGCGUAUCUUUUCCCUGGGCCCCAGGAGAGGGAAGUGGACCAUAGCAGGCCAGGCUGCCCUCCACAGUGGGCCCUGGAGUACUCUCUCUCUGAGCCUCGGCCACCCCGUCGGGCGGGAAUGGACUUGCCAGCUUUCAGGUUUGCUCAGCUUUGACCAUCUGUGUGGUCAGGACAGACUCAGGUCCUCUCCCCAACCCCAGGCAGCCUUCAAGAAGUGUCUAUUUGGCGCCCCCUGGAGGCAGAGCCCCGAGGUGGACUCUGGACCCACAGGGAAGAAAGAGCUGGUGUCACACGGGGACAUCCAGACUUGGCCCGGCCUUUGGGAGGUUGGGGGGAGGGGCGGGCAGGGAGCCCUGGCUGAGCGCGGAGACUCACCUCUGACUCAGGAAUUCCCGCCCUUGCCCUCAGGGAGCCACAGUUUAGGGGUGAGGCCCAGCACCUGCCUUCGGAGCCCGGGAGUGGGGAGGGAGACCCAGGCCCACACUUGGGUAUUUUCAAACUUGAGACCAAACACACGCUCAGUGCUCACUCACGGUGCUGAGAUUUCACACACGUGCCCAGGGGCCACCCAACUCACCGUGACCUUGGUGAACAGAUUCCGAAUUUCCACAUUUCCUCCCAGUUGCCUGGGGCUGUGUAUGUAGAUAAUGUCUGGUUCUGUGACACCCAAGUCUGGGGAGUGCCACCUGGUUCUCUGUGCUGCUGGGAGCAGUUAGCCCAGCUCUGUAACGAGCGGUUCUGUGGCUUGCUUGGGUCUGAAGGAGCCAAUCUGUUUCCAUGUUAGGGCUUGUCUUGUUUUAUGGCCGCUCUUAUCUGUUGGGAGCAGAGAGUUUCCUGAUCUGCCCCCAGUCCAGUCUAUGGCCACCACACACCCCCACCAGGCUGGGACCUGCUGUCAGGAGGCAGCUGACAGGGAGCCACCGGCAGCGGCUUCCCCAGAGCUGCGCCCAGCCCUCUGCUGGUGCCUGGCAGAGAAGGUGGGCACGGGCACAUACAGCUCUUGCCUUCCGUGCGUUCCCAGUCCAGGGCUUUGAGGCUUUCCCACAUGAAAGAAGAGAGGGGUACAGAAGCUCUAAUUCCCUUUUGAUUCUACUGAUUGACACCUGUAGAUAUUUAACAAACAUCUGAGCCUGUGUUUAUCAAUGCCGAGAAUUUCAAAGUCUCCUCCGCCAAGAUGAGGCUUUCAGUAUGUUUAUGUUCCUUCCCCUUCCCUCCUGUUUCCCAGGUUUUGCAGAAAUAAUCUGGACUUGUAGAUAUAGCUUGUUAUUAAAUUUGUCCUUGCAUAAUG